AUGUGUAAACACAUUCUGAACGCCCAAGUGUCUAUUCGCUCACACUGCUGUCGGAAAUGGUUCGACUGCGCCGAAUGCCACCAGGAGAGCGAGUCGCACAUGCUCCAAAAAAGUGCUGAAAUGAUCUUCGCAUGCAAGAAGUGCAAGAAAUGCUUCCGUAAGGACGCUGCAGAAUUCGAUGAGAGUGACGAGUACUGCCCUCAUUGCGAUAACCACUUUGUCAUUGAGGCACUGCAGCCAGAGGCACGAUUGCACGUUGAGGGUGAAGAUGCCCGUAUGGACAACCGUAUGCUUAAGGAUGACCGUGUUGCGCGAGACAAGGAGCGUUCUCUAUUCAACAUCAGAGAUGUGUCGGACCGUGUGGGUUAA